GCAAGGCGGUAGUGAUACGGUGGCCCUGAAGGGAAAAGUAGGCGUGGCAGUGGCGUACGGUGGCCGAGUAGGACUGCGGAGACAGGAUGGAGUCGGUGGUGUUCAUUUUUUCGCUCAUUGAUUGCUGCGCUCUGAUUUUCCUUUCUGUUUAUUUCAUAAUUACAUUAUCAGAUUUGGAGUGUGACUACAUUAAUGCUAGAUCUUGCUGCUCAAAAUUAAAUAAAUGGGUGAUCCCUGAAUUGAUUGGCCAUACCAUUGUCACAGUGUUAAUGCUUAUUUCACUGCACUGGUUCAUCUUUCUUCUCAAUUUACCUGUAGCAACCUGGAAUAUAUACAGGUAUAUUAUGGUUCCCAGUGGAAACAUGGGGGUAUUUGACCCCACAGAAAUUCAUAAUCGAGGACAGCUGAAAUCUCACAUGAAGGAGGCCAUGAUUAAGCUUGGCUUUCAUCUCAUUUGCUUCUUCAUGUACCUUUACAGUAUGAUCCUGGCUUUGAUAAAUGAUUGAAGUCAAAAUGGAAGUAUCGUGGUUGCUGAUUUCUCUUAAAUGUCACUCCAUUGAAACAUUGUGGAACCAGGUGCAGCUUUCAAGUAAACCUCGACCAGUGUCGUCAUGCAGUAUAUUUUUUCUUCUUUGAACAAAAAUAUUUUUGCUGUAUUUUUUAACAUAUUAAAAUAUUUAAAAAACCA